AUGCCCCCCCUCAACGUCAACUUCGCCUGCGCCCUCUACGACCGCAUGGUCCCCCUCUCCACCGGUGAAGUGCCCACGCCCGGCCUCAACGUCAAUUUCGUCGAGGUCCAGCACCCGCGCGACAUCUUCGACCGCAUGGUCGCCAACAAGGAGUUCGAUGUCUCUGAACUCUCCGCCUCUGAAUACAUCACCCGCCACGUCGCCGGCGACCGCAGCUUCGUCGCCAUCCCCGUCUUUGCGUCGCGCGUCUUCCGCCACUCCUUCAUCUGUGUCAACACAAACAUCAUCAAGAAGCCCGAGGACCUCAACGGCAAGCGCAUUGGCGUGCAGCUGUACCACAUGACAGCGGCGGUGUACAUCCGCGGCAUCUUGCAGCACGAGUACGGCGUGGACUUGUCGACGAUUGAGUGGGUGCAAGGCAAGAUGGAGACGCCGGGGUCGCAUGGCCAGCCGUCGGUGCUGCCGCUGCUGAAGCCGGUGAAUAUCACGAACAACACGGAUCCGACAAAGUCGCUUUCGGAUUUGUUGGAGUCUGGCGAAGUUGCUGCCACCAUUGGCGCCGAUAUUCCUGCGUGUCUGAACAAGGUUCCGCAUGUACAGAGGCUGUUCCCCAACUUUAAGGAUGUCGAGAGCGAUUACUACAAGAGGACGGGCAUAUUCCCCAUCAUGCACUUGGUUGCCUUUCGGCGUGAGUUCUACGAGGCAAACAAGUUUGUCGCCUCGGCGCUAUUCAACGCUCUCGAGGAUAGUAAAGAGAUUGCGCGCAAGCGGAUGGAGUCGCUCGGUGCGCUUAGGUACAUGCUGCCUUGGCUGGGUCGAGAUUUAGACGAAAUUCAAGAGACGUUUGGAGGAGACUGCUGGCCCUAUGGGCUGGAAGAAAACCGCAAGACGCUGGAGGCGGUGGUGCAGUUUUUGUAUGAGCAGAACAUGAUUGAGCGGACGGUACCGAUUGAGGAGCUGUUUGCUCCUGUGAGACGGAUCAACUUUCGCAUUGGAUAA